CGGCAAUGUGUCCGAGAGCGCCGCGCGGCCGCCCGCCGCUGACGCUGACACCGCGACAACAAUAAAAAAAGAAAAAAACAACACCCCGAUAACAAAACUUAUGAAUCAAAAUAAAAAUAGUGCCGCUACUAAAUUUUCUUUAGUCAUAAAACGCGCGGUUCACGAACCGGAGUUAGUUUUAGGUUUUUUUGUGUAAUUGUUUUCUAGUCGGACUCCGAUUUAAAUAAAUAAGUUCAAAAUGUUUGCAUUUAUAGUGUUACCUGUGAUUUUAUCUUCAUUUAUAGAUCUGACUCACCAAGCACGCACAUCGGCAUGGUCGUACGCAGACGAGCCCUCCUGGCCGGGCGCGUGCACCAGCGGUGCGCAGCAGUCGCCCAUCAACAUCGUCACCGCGGCGGCGGUGGCGGACCACGGGAGCGCCGUCAUCCGCUCCCCGCUGCAGUUCAGGGGGUACGGGGCUGUCGACGUCAGCGCCGUCAAUAAUGGACAUACGCUGAAAUGGAACGCGGUGCCUGGAGGGCCAGCGCCGACGCUGUCUGGAGGUCCCCUGCAGGGCAACUACACCUUCUUACAGUUCCACCUGCACUGGCUGUCUGAACAUGCUGUGGAUGGCAUCAAGUACCCCCUGGAGAUCCACUUCGUCCACGCGAGGACGGGGCUAAGCAUUGAAGAAGCGCUACAGAAGCGGGAUGGUCUUGCUGUCAUAGGAGUUCUGUACAAGGUGGAGAAGAGCCCCGACAGCGGCGACGCCCUGGAGGAGCUGAUGCCGAUGAUCCCGGGCAUCAUGAACUUCACGGAGAACGAGCCCACUAGUGCCGACAUCAUUGACUUGAACCGUAUCAUGGGUGCGGACCGCUCGUCGUUCUUCACGUACCAGGGCUCGCUGACCACGCCGGGCUGCUCGGAGGCCGUGCAGUGGAUCGUGAUGGAGACGCCGCGAGCCAUCUCCGAUGCUCAGUUCAAACUGAUCAGCUCAGCAGACGUGGGCGGUCAAGCGAACUACCGCAGUCUCCAGCCCAACAACCGGCCUGUCUACCGCAGCGUCUCCGCCUCAGCAGCCCUGGCUCCAAGCCUGCUCACCCUUCUCAGUGCUCUCUACGCCACCUCGCCCAGUCUCGUCGCUGCAGCCAAGAAGACCUUAUGCGGCCUGGUUAAUCUGAAGAAGAAGCUACUCGGUCUUGGAGGGAUUAACUGCGAAAAGCUAGUCGGUUAAGUGGAUGUUUGGAGUGGUUUGGUUUUUGUUUUGGGUGUGAUGGUGUCACAUCUAUUUGCGAAUCAGAAUAGCGGUAAAAUUCAUACAAUGGAUGUACGCUUGAAAAGUUAGCAGUUGAAUCUAAGUAAGUAUAAUGUGAAACGCUUUAGAUUGUGGUAGAUUGUAGCUGGUUCAUAACUUAUUUUCGACGAGAAGUUAUAGUAACUAGAUAGUGAGGAUAAAAGAAACGUUUUACUUACUACCUACUGCAUUGAUACUGUAAAAGGCGGAUGUCGACGCAAUUAAUUGGAAGCUUGAUAGAAAGCCAUAAAGGCUCACAAUAAAAUUAAUAAUUAUUGCUGCAUUUAUUGUUGUAUUAGAUAAUAAGCCUAUAAAGUUUUUACAAUCAUUGUAAUUCAUGUUUAUAAGAGCAAUUCUUUAAGUUUACAACUGAAAGGCAACGACACCACUAUUAUCAGACAAAAGACUUUGCUGAAAACUAAGGGCUAUUAUAAGUUGUUCGUACCUAUGUGUAGGUAUCCAAAAGUCUUCUGAAGGCUUUCAACCAAGGCGUCCUGCCUGCCCAUGAGUGGUUGAAUGAGGAAGGUUGAGUACAGAAUAAGUGUUUAGUUAGGCCCUCCCUUGAGUCCCUUGGCAGCAAGAGACCGGUUAAGAUAUUAAACCCCUAAAAAUAGUGCCAAAUAAAUCAAUAAUUACAUCAUGACAUAGUUAGGUAUAAUUUUAUAGGUAUCCAGGUGUCUCAAACUCUUAAGGUAAGUAUUUUAGCAAAUUUUACCUGCAUUGUGCUAAUCAAAUUAAUAAUUUAAGUAAUCUAUGACGUUUUUAUCAUACCUACUGAAUCAUUUUAAAAUUAGUCGUUUUUAUAAAUAGAAUACACGCAGUUCUAUUUUUGUCACACAAUCAACUAUAUUAAUCAGCUACUUAAAUACUGAUUAUAGAUUAUUUGAUGAUCGAUAUAAAAACUUUACAUACUUACAAAUAAAAUGAUUAAUCCUGAUAUUACCAUCGCCGCUUUGAUGUUCAUGCUAUGAUGAUUUAGAUAAUAAUUUUAUGAUAUUUCUACUGCAUUUUUUGUUUAUCGUUUAAGUGAAAAAUUAUAGUUAGGUAUCCUGCAUGUUUACCUAAACCUAGGCUGUGAAAUACUAAUUUAAGUUUGUGCAUGUCGUAGAAGAAAAUGAGUUAAUUAAUGAUUAUAAACUAUUGUUUUACAAUUGAUUGGGCAGACCUCAGAUCAACAAAGUUGGUCGGAGACUGAAUCCUAUCACACUGUCUAAUUUACUGUUUUGAAGUUGAUACCAUGUUGAUACCUACAGUGGGGCUUCAGCCAAGUAAAAGUAAGUAGCGGUUUUUGAAACUAUAAAUAUAUACUGUAUUCUAUUUACCAAUGUAACUUGUAAUUCAGUAAUUAUUGAUGGUAAAUCGGAGGAAGGUAAUAUCAUGUAUAGGUAGCCACCAAGUGUAAGUCUAGGUAAGUAGAUAUAUUAUGUAAACACUAUAAAAGUGUAGAGUAGUCCAGAGAUAAUUAGUAAUAUUUACCUAUCAUUUUAAGUUUAAAUUUUCUGACACGAUCCUCAGAAGUACUUUGACCCAGUGAUAUAUAAUUUUUCAUACUUAUAUUUUUGUAUGGUUGUGUUUUUUUGCUGUGGAGAUAAUAAAUACCUUUGUUAAUACAACUACA